UACGUCAUGACGCAGCAUCAGCUGUUGACAGACUGAAUGAAGCUCCCUUCAAUCUCGACCUUCUCCUCCUCCGGGGCGCUGCAGUGUGCUUGUCUCCUCUCGUGGCUCCUGCUGCCCUUGUUGCCGGUUCUUUUUAAACGCACAUGCUGUUAGUGGGCCUCUCGGUACCGGAGCGUAUGCUGCCAUGAGUGCUUUGUGUCGCCUGAUCCAAAGAGGACUGCUGAGCGGCCGUGCGUCCUGUCGUCUGAUCCCCGGGCACCAGGAUGCGUGCGGGCUGGCUUCGGCUCCAUCGGUCCGGACACUCAGCUCAUCCAGCCCAGUCAGCUUGACCUACGAUGUCUUUGAUGGGAAGGGAGAGAGCACUCCCUUGGUGUUUCUCCAUGGCCUCUUUGGCAGCAAAUCUAACUUCCAUUCAAUAGCGAAGUCCUUGGUGCAGCGCACAGGCCGGAAGGUGCUGACUGUAGAUGCCCGCAACCAUGGUACCAGCCCUCACAGCCCGGAGCUGACCUAUGAAGCCAUGGCCGAUGACUUGAAACACCUUCUUGCCAAGUUGCGCAUCGAGAAAUGUGUCCUCAUCGGCCACAGCAUGGGGGGGAAAACCGCCAUGACGACUGCUCUGACACAGCCUGAUCUAGUGGAGAGAAUGGUAGUGGUUGACAUCAGUCCAUCACAGACGUCCUCGCGCACCAACUUCCGCUAUUACAUCCGGGCCAUGCAGGAGGUGAAAAUCUCCAGUGACAUCCCACGCUCCACUGCCAGACGGAUGGCGGAGGAUCAGCUGCGCAGUUUAGUCAAGGAGCGCUCGGUGCGUCAGUUUCUGCUCACUAACCUGGUGGAGCAGAACGGUCACUACGCCUGGAGAGUCAACUUGGAGGCCAUCUCUGCACACCUCGAUAACAUCAUGAGCUUCCCCAGCUUUGAGACCAACUUUGAGGGACCCACGCUGUUUUUAGGAGGAGCGAGCUCUGCUUAUAUCAGCUCUGAAGAUUACCCAGAAAUCCAGAGGCUGUUCCCGUACGCCGACAUCCAGUACAUCCCGGACGCGAGCCACUGGAUCCACGCAGACAAACCCUUAGAUUUCAUCAGCUCCAUCAGCUCCUUUCUGAAGUCUUAGCUGCAUCCUGCCCCAUGCUGCAAAACUUUUUUUUAAAUGCUCAGCACCUCUGAGCAGUCCUUUCUCUGACAAUGAAAGGAAGGAAUCCGCAGCUUCAGCAACCAGGACCGGAGUCAUUAAUAGCUGCCAACACUGGACCAAACUUGCCCUUUUACAGCAGUCAGAACUCACCCUUCAACCAUGUUUUUGUGUAUCGUAACGAGGGUGAACUUUUCUCUUGUGUUGCCUCACUGCCAGAAAAAGUGUUGCAAUUAGAUUGACUGGUUUCUAGAUAGACGCAUUUCAUUGAUUUGAUUUAUCUGUUGGUAGAAAAUAGCACAGGAGGUAUUGUCUGUUUCACACAGUGGGCGGUUUUGAAGGUGGUAUAUAUGAUACUAAUCCAAAGAAACUCUCAUAUGCACAGUGCUGACUUUAAACUAUAGUCUAGUGUAAUAGAAAUGUGGCUUCAGAUUAAAUAAAAAACAGGGGAUGAUGAAAUGGACCAGCUGGAAGUUAGAUGCUUAUGUUUUGACAGUUUUGAGUGAAUAAAUAAUGUACGUGUGGAAAGCUGUUUGCAAGAGAGAACGGAGGAAUGUGCAAAAGCAGAAAUAGGGUGUAGCUCAUGGGGGGGGUCGGUAUUGUGUGUCAGGUGGUUGAAUCGCUGCAUAAAGGCAGUUCUAUGGGCUUUACAUGUACAGGUGGUGUGUUGUAGAAACUUCUUUAAAUGUUGAUAAUAGUGAUAUAUUCAGUAUUUCAGUCUGGAUCUUGGCUCCUCGCAUCCUCUCCUCCGCGUAUCUGCUGUUCUUUAGGGAGGUGAAGACUCACAGGUUACAGUUACUUGUCACAACUCGAGGUCAUCAAGAGUGCUGGUCAUAUCUUUACGCCAAUAUGAUCAUCUUUAAAUCCCAGCUGAGACGCUCAAAUGCAGUAUUAUCACGAUCUGUUCCCUGAUUAUCUCAGGUUACUGGACUGGAUAUGCUAAUUAGUACGCGUGUAUUAUUCUCCUAUCUGUCUUGUACUAAGCCGUAGUGAUGGUGUUGUGUCUGUAGACGAUCAGUGUUUUGAUCAAACCUGUUUUAUUCUCCGUGUCCUACAUAUUUAAAAGCGAGGCGCUUUCUGGGUUACGACACAAAUAUGCUGCAAACAGGUGCGUUGUUAACUUAUUGUGAGUGUGUUGAUAUCAUUUCUGUUUCCAUGAGUGUGAUGAGUACAGUCGAGUGGUGAAACUGCCAUCCGUAUGAAAAAGCAGGGUGUAAAUUUGUAUGUGCCUCUUUUGUCAAGAGCUCCUUUUUCCAUUUCAGUAUGACUUGAUAUAAAGUUUUAUUCUACAACCUUAACGAGCAGACUCCAGAUUGGCAGCUGGGUUGCCAGGUCUGUGUGACUUUUCUGACAAGGCAGGCUAACAGGUGAGGGGGGGGGGGGGGAUCUCCCCUAUGAGGCACUAGAUGUUUACUACAAUCAGUGUUUUAUGUUUGUUUUAUGUGAAUACAGACGUCUAAAAAGCUUUGAAUUACCAGAUUUAAGUUAGAGGAAAUCUUUUAUUCUUUGGUUUUUAUAUAAAAGGCUCCGGUUAGCGGAGCAGCACCGUUUCUUCCUCCUCAACCUCAGGACAGAUUUGUCUUGCUGCUGAAAAACGAAUCAGAUGAUUAUUCACCGCAGACAUUUGAAUGCAGGCCCCGCUACGGCUUCUUUAGCGCUGCAGUGGGACGAAACGUUUCAAGAUCAACGACAACGACGUCAAAUUUAUUCACACUGAAAAGCUUUUUGAAGACCGUUUAGGAUUAGUGUUUAGGAUUGUAUAAUGUCGAUAAUAUCAGCAUGCCUUCUCUCUUGUCAUCAGAUGUAAAUUUGCAGUGCUAUGUACGUCUCAGUUUGUUUAACAUGUUGCCACAAUAAUGGAACUCAUUCUAGAUAACGCCAUAUAUAAAUGUAAAAUGUGUUCAAGAAGAUUAUAGGAGUGAAUUAUAUAUUAUUUAAAUUGUAAAAACUAAUAUUAUACAAUAAAAUCAUAAAAAACCUCUCA